UGUUUUAAAUUUCAAAGUGAACGGACGUGUGUUCGCUUCGUUUGUGGAUUAUAUUUUCGUAAAAAAUCAGGCGAGCUGGAUAUUUAAUGUGUAUAAACACCAAAUAAAAUAUAAAAGAGAAACACAAAACCCAAAAAUUAAGUGGAAAAAAAUGUGUUAAUUAGAAAGUCGGCAAAGUGCAUUUUGUUUGAAAUGAAUUGCAAUGCUGCGGCUAGUUAGCUGAAUAAUUAAAAAAGGUGUGUGUGUGUGUGAGUGUGUGCCAAAUAAUUGUUGUAAAUAUAUACAUACACAUGUAUAUAUAUAAAGAAAAGUUCAAGUGAAAGCACAAUAUUAAAAAAAAUAAAAAGUACUUGCAAAGCAUACGAGAAAGCCCCAAAAAGGAGAGAAAGAAAAAAGAAAACUUUUUAAACUCAAAGUGAAACAGCUGACAGAGUAAAAAUGCUAACUUUGCCGGUGCAACCCAUGGGCGUUCGUACCCUACCAUCAGCUGCAGUGACACCUGAUCCCAUACGAAGGAUGGGCUGUAAGAGAAAUCUCUUUGGCACCGAUCGCAAGGAUGGGGACAUUGAUAGGCGGCUGGAGGAGGAAAAUCAGAAAAAUAUUCAUUAUAUCGAUUCGCGAUUUGUUAUUAUUACAAACUACAAAUUGAAGGAUGAGAAUGAGAUGAUGGCAAAGUGCAAUCAGGAGCAGGAGAAUCUGGGUGUCGACAUCAAUCGGAUCUCAAAAACAACAACAACAUCAACAGCAUCAGUGACAACAACAACAACAAGUCUGCUUUGUAGGGAUACGACGGGUUCCCGCAAACGUUGCGCCGAUUCACAAGGCAUUAAAGCCACUUACCCUGUGCGUAAAAAUAUUAAAAUGAGAAAUUCGAAUGUGCCAGUAAUAACACUUGUUAUUACUAAUAAUAAUAAUAAUAAUAAUGAUAGCAGCAGCAACUACAACAACAACAACGCUCAGUUAAAAAGCGUUAAUAGUGAAAUUAUGGAUAAAGAGGAGGAAAGCGGCAACAACAACAACAAUAACGGCAAUAAAUAAAUUGAUAUAUAAUUUAUAGUAAUUUUAAUAUAAUUUAUACGUUUAUUAUUCUUUUUUUUUUUGAAAAUGUUGUCGAUAAAAUUCAUAAAAAACAAAAAAAAAAUAUUCGAAGAAAAUUAAACAACAAAAAUAAGAUCGACAUGCGUGCAUCUCCAAAGCACACACACAAACACACACACACACACGAAAAACUCCCGGAUGCAUAGUGGAUUGAAUAAAAACUAGAAGUUAAUUCAACUCAAAUGAUUAACUAAUUAAUAAGUAAAGCAUGUACUUUGAUUUAAUUGAGGAAAAAGUAUUUGUAUUCCAGUGAGUUUAGGUCCUAGAUUGAUUUAGCAAUGCAGAAAAAGGACGAUCUUAACUAUUUUUGCUUUAAAUUUGGAAUUUCGUCCGUUUCGAUCUCUGACCUUAAUGAAAUCAAAGUAUAAAUGCCCAAAGCUAAUUCAAUUUAAACAUCUCAAAUAUAUAUAUUCAAAUAUAUUGGCAAUACGUAAAAUGAAGAGACUUUGUUUUAGGAGCAUUUUUUUAAUAGUAAAUUUAAACUAGAGAAUUUAUAUAAAUAUAUAUAUGUAUGUGUGUAUUUUUAAUGCAUUCAAUACCACUGUGCAUCCAUUAGAUACUAAAACUCAUCGAUCCCCAACACUCCCAAUCACCCAUUAACCCACCAACCCACCAAACCAACCAAUUCAAGCGUUCUCAGUGUGUCUUGACGAUGUACGCGUGUGUCUAAAGUAU